GCUUUAUUGUUGUUGGGUUUUGAAGUGGAAGAGGCGCUGAAGAUACAGCAGCUUCUAAAAGAGAUGGGUGGUGAAUUCCUAGAGGUGAUUUUUUGUACUGAAGACAUGAUUACAGGCACACUCUGGGAAGCAGUGAAUACAAAGCAACCCAAUUUGGAUACAGUGAAGGUUGCAAAACCAGUGCCACGAAUUUGCUUCUUAUCUGGUCUUACAGGGGAGGAGAUGAUGAUGUUCAUUGAUAGCUUUCCAGAAACGGGGCUGGAACCGGCUGUAUUUGCAGCUCUCGUUCCCAACAGUGCCAAUACACCACUACAAGAGUUGAUAGAAGAGAUUAUGGGAGACCACGAAAUGCUGUCUUCAAAACAGUCGGGCUAGAUGCUGCCAAAUGCAGAUUAGAGAUUUGAAGGUUCAAGAACUCAAUUUUUGGUUUUGAGAUUGUUUAUAUGUACCAGUAAUUCUAGCUUUACCUUACCUUAGGAGCAUGGUGGCAAAUCUAUUUUUAGAGUCAAAUUAUCACUGAAGAUGACCUUCUUGUUUUGUUUUUUUGUUUUCUGUAGGUAGGAAAGAGGAUGUGCUUAGAAACAAGUUAGUGUUUGUAACCGAAUUUGUUAACACUAUUGCAAUGAUGGAGCUCUCCCCAUACAUAUCUAUCAAUUAAAGUGUACUGCACUUAUGCUUGUUUUUGUUUUUGA